GCGUGGCGGUUGCCGUGACAACGGCGUCCGGCCCGCGGCUCGGGAUCGGGUCGGAAGCCGUCACCUCCGGCCCGGCCUGGCCGCUCCAUGCCGCGAAAGGUGCUGCGCUGCGUCCUGCAGCUGGAGAUCCGCUCGAUAACUUGUCCUGGAGUGCUGUUGAAAGACAAAGAGGAGCUCUAUCUCAGUGUCUCUAUACUUGGGCAAUACAAAAAGACUCGGUGUGUCCCUGCAGCAUUUCCACUUUUCUUUCAAGAAAAACUAGUAUUUGAAAAGACAUUUGCUAAUGUAGUUGAUCCUGGAGACCUUGUGGAGUUGCUAGAAGUUGACACAGCAGUACUUGAACUAAUACAGCUCAUUCCUCCAGUUGGAGAAAUUCUUGCUACUUAUGAAGAAAAUACAAGAGAUUUCCUGUUCCCUGACCCUAAGCUUACCUGUCGGCAGCACGGUGCAGAUCGUGAGAUUUUAAUGAAGAGAUCUUCUUAUUUUACUGGAAUUGCACCAAAAUUGAGAUUUUCUACGACCUCCCUUAUUACUGAAAGUCUGUUAAGCUCAGGAAGGAGUCACGUACAGGAUGAUUUGAAUUGGGUACAUCACUCAACUCCAAAUGGAAAACUGCAAACAAAGUUACCAAAGAAAAACAUGCUUUCACCUGAGAAAAGCAGGCACAGUGUAGCAAGAAAGAAUUAUGAGCAGCCAACCAUAGCUUCCAAGUCACGUUCUCCAUCUCCAUACACAAAAAGACGAAUGUGUGAGCUGUCAGAAGAAGCCAGGCAACGACUUGCCCACUUAAACCUUGGUCCUUACGAAUUCAGAAGAGAAACUGAUAAACCUCCAUUUGUAGUUAGACGGGUAGAACAACCAAGUCCUGGAACUGAGCUUUAUGCCCGCUCUACCCUGCAAGAAGGCACAAUGGAAACUUGGUCCAAGGUAACCCGUGAUCUUUCUCUUCUUGGCAGCUACAGACCCAAGAAAGCCAAAGCAAGAUCUACUCAUGGGAAAGACCAUGACAAUUCUUCUGAUGUUUGUAGUGAGGAUGUGAUCUCUGGUUCACCCAACAGGCUGGCCCAUUCCGGCGGUUCAUUAGUGCAUUCAGCACCUUCAGCAUUUCAGAAGCAUUCUCUAAGUUCUGUACUAAAUCGAUCUUCUCUAAGGGAAAGAUUCAACUCUGGUUGGCCUCCACCAGCAAAUGGAGAUGAGAUUCAUAAGAGAGUGAAAAAUAUUUUAAGGACACACAGUGCUAGACAGCGCCUAGUGUUUGAUGAAAGUAACUCAUCAAAAGGAAACUUGACUAAGACAAGACAAUCUUCACAUAAAGCACACUUAUCCUUAAGUGAUCUGCAGAGCAGUUCACCAGUGCAGCAGAACAUCACUGUUCACUUGGAUAAUGGUGAAUUGUGGUCUAACCGUGCAGCUGUAUACAAAGGGAAGCCUCACAGAGCAAUCUUUGAAGACAGUCUUGCGAAAAUAUAUAGAAACAUGUACCGAAAAGCUUCUGGCACUAUUUCAGACCAAAAAACAUACUCCUGAUGGCAAUUCGGCUGGAAGUGCACAGUACACAGUGUUGAUAUUUCUUAGCAAAACUUUUUUUUUAUGUGACAAGUAUUUGUACUCUAUUUUUAAGAUGCAGUUAUGGCUGGGCAGGAUUUUGGAGUAAUGGAGUUUUGGUCUGGGGUGCCAAAUGAAUGCGAUUAGCAGCACCCCCACCACCACAACACCUCUGCUCCAAAUUUAAAAAAAACUAACAAACAACAGCAAAAAAAGCUCUAAGCCCCUCUGCAGUCGAUGAGAGUGGUGUUGCUCCUUUGAGACUCUCUGAAGAUAGCCAUUUUAAAGACUAAUAUGUCUGCUGGAUGUUCCUGCCUGACGUAGGUCAGGUUUCAGCUGCAGUCAAUUAUGAUUUAAAUAAUUAAAUCUAUGUAGCAACAUAAGAAGCAAUAAGUCCUAGUGUUCAGUGAGGGUAUCUGAAGGGGAGGGUAAGUGUGAGUGUUGAUAUAAAUGGUCUGCUCUGGGAAAGAGAGAACUUGAAUUGUUUUCUAGAAAAUCAGCUGUGGAUUGUUUUUGAGAAGGAUGGAAGGAUGACUCCAAUAGUGACCUACAGGCAUGCUUUCAAAGUGGUUUCAAGCACCUUUAGUCACAAAUUUUCAAAUAAUGUCAAAUUUUAGAAGAAACCUACCCAGAUUAGCAGUCUUUGUAUUAGAAGAAAGGCUUUCUUUACUUACCCUGCGUGUUUGAAAGUUUCCAGGCUUUCUUGAAUGCAGUCCUGACAUUUGCAAAUAUAAUUGUAGUUUUUUAAAAUACUAAUAGAAAAGGAGUGGGGAGGGGGAAAGACUGGAGCAAGGUAGUCAGCAAGCUCAUGUAUCCAGUACAGGCCUUCUGAAGUGCCUGGAUUGUGAUGCCUGUCCUUGCCAGCCUUCUGGGAUCCUGUUGGCAGAAAUCACAUCCUUUCUGCUAAAGGCCACCAAAUGUUCAUCAGCGGUUCAAUGCUAUCCCAAGGGAUGGAACCUUUUCAGCCUUGCAUUGAACAGAUCCCACAUUAGCAAGCCAGGGCAAGUUGCCCAUCUAUUGAAAAGCCAAAUGCUUUAAAAGGGCAAGAGUGUCCAUCUCUGCUUCCCUUUUAGAAUGGGGAGGGGGGGAAAACACAUGCAUAUUCUGGCUCCUUCCCUAACUAAAUGAACAGAUUCAGUUAUACCGAUGGCAUUUUACCUGUUAUGAUUGGAUAAAAGAUAAAGCUUGCAGUACAGAUGGCAGAGCAUAUGAUUGUUACCUGCCAGCAUGCCUAGAUAAACAGAAAGUUGGUCUACUUUGCCUUCCAUCCUUUAAUGCUGAGACAAUGUAAUUGAUUUGAGAAAGCAGUUGGUGAGCAAUUAUGCUGGUGGGAAAGCAUGCUGGAAGGUUGUGUGCUUCUGCUUCAGGAAAGGGGGCUCUCAGAGGAAGUGUCUUCCAUGCAGACAUUUCUAUUCCUUGUAACAGUUAAGCACGUUGAUGUGGAUUAACACUGAUCACUUCCUGUCCCUGCUGCCAUUUAACACAUUAGUGCUUUCAAAGGGUAUUAGCUGCACAGCCUUACUCUGUGGAUAACUGUUGAGGCACUCUGUGAAGUAGUAUGCUUUUUUUGGUUUUUUGCAGAUGCGAAAAGAAAAACUUAACCUGAGCCAUGCCACUGAAGACAUGGUGGCCAUGGAGUAUUGUGUUACCAGUACUUGGUAUUCCAUCAGUCCCAUGACCCCAGAUUAGAUCAGAAAGGAAUGGUUUCUGUCUUGCUGCUUCUGGAAAGUAAGCUCAAGGCACAAGCAGGGGAUGAGAGAGGUUGGAGGCCACUGUGAAAAACUAGGAAAAGAUUUUGGAGAGAUCCAGAGGAUGUAACUGAAUAAUCACAGCAUAUGGUAAAAUGACAACUUCUGAUUUUUUUUUUCAUCACGGACUAAAACUAGAUGGGAGAAAUAGAAAGUGUCAUAUACUGAAUUCUGACCAGUAUGAACAUUCUCACUGAAGCCUUUGUAUGCAGCAUAACAAGUGAAGCAGAUAGGCUCUGAGUGUCACUGGCCUUGCUCCAGCUGCGGAGAGGGAUGGUGUGUAUGUCUUUCUGCAUCAGCUGCUGCAGGAUAUGUUUCUCUCUUGGGUCAGAGUCAUUCCACAGCUUAUAUGCUGUGAUACUGCACAGUUCUCUUCCAAGCACUGUGCUGGAAAUCCAGUUUGGUUAAUGGAAGGCUAUUCUGUGAAAUGUGACUUGAAACCCAAAGUACUCUAUCUAUCCAUAAAAUCUGCAAGCCACUUGUUUUUUAAAAGCUUUUGGCCCCUUCCCUGUUUGCUCAGCUAACCCUCCAAUUAAUAUGCAUACAGCUCAAGUGCACUGAGCACUGCUGCUCCUUUGCUACUGCAGCAUGCGAUAAGUAUAGGUUCAGGCAGCGAACCAACAUAGUAAUAAACUGUAAUUGUUUAGUGCACCUUGCCUUCUAAUACAAUUUAAAUCCCUUCUAUCAAAUGCAAAUUUCUAGGUUCCUGAGUGGAGCUUUAAAUAGCAUUUUCUAUGCUCAUUCCUUAUCUUUUGCCAUCCACAAAGUGGUCUGUUAGUGACAUUGGGAUGGCAUCAUUCCACCUCCAUCAUUUUACCUCCUAAAGGAAAGCUGCCUACUCAAAUCUAGAAAUAAUGGGGUAGAUUAAGAGAGAAUUAGUGUGUGGGGGUUUUUUUUUGUACAAUCUUUCUCUCUCUCUUGCCCUCCCUGAGCUAUUAUAACCCAUGUGUAUUAUCGCCAAAUGUUUUUCAGCAUCCAGUAUUGCUUGCAGUGUGCAGUCUAAUCAGUGUAAUAUUUUAAUCACUUUCAUUUUAAUAAAUCGGAGCCAACUUCCAGCAUGCUCCCUUUCCUACAAAGAACUUGAUACAGCUUAGGACCUUGGGAUGGCUCACUAGGCAUAUAGUUUGUCUACUUAUUGGGCUGAAUGCCAAAUCCUUUGCUGAGUAGCAGUUGCUUUGGAAAUCACUUAGUCGUUGACCUGUUGUGGUUUAAAUGCAAAAAAAAAUAUCUGACUUAUUAAUGAUUUGCCUUAUCAAAGUUUUCAACAAGAAGCAGGGAAGCUUAAGUUGGUCUGCUGGGGACAGGAGGCAAAGGGGUGGAUGGAGUAAGGAACAGCCUUAUGAAAUAAAUGGGUGGCAUGUUUGUAUGCCAGAUCUGAAGAGGCUUUGAAGAUGAGGGCUGUUAUUUAGAUUGUACAUCGUGUUUGAAGUGUAUUGUUACUUAGUAGGUUGCCAAAAUAGAAAGAAAUCUACCUAUUGGGGUUGGGAACCUAUUUAUGGGGAUAAAAUAACAGAAGUUUUUGCUCUGCUCAGUAUUAAAUAGUCUGUGCUAAAUUCCCUUUCACCAUUACCUCAGCUGUAAAAUGGGAAGUUUGUGCUCUAUUGAAGCUUAAUUAAAUGACUGUAAAGUGUUUUGGGAUCCUGAAGAGAAUGUUACUGAAAUUUUCUUGUGGAAGCCUGGCUGAAAAUUCCCAUCUCAUCUCCAGGUUACUAAAAAGUCCUUAUUCUAACGUUCCCAGAUUUGUUAUGUUUUAAUAAGGCAGUUAUUAAGCAAGUCUUAAACUUAUCAAGGUAGAAACCUUAUAAAUUCGUAAAACUAUUGAAAAAGACGAUGCUUUACCACUACAGACCUUCCCACAAUGGACAUUUUGUGCAGUUUAUGUCUCUUGGAUGAUCUGGGUUCAUCAUGCUUGCACUUCAUGGUAUGCUAACCAGCACUGCUAACAUCUAUCGCUUUGUUUUCAUCACCUCCCCAAGAACUGAGGGGGUGCAGUGGUGUGUGCAACUUGGCAAAGGGAAAGGUUUUAUGGUGUAAGGGACAGCCUGUUAUAUAGUGCUGAUCUUCCCGAUUUUUAAACUUAAAAGUGUUUUCUGGAACACUGAACUAUGCAGCAAAAUUCUUAGCUUUUUAGCAGUGGCUACUUAUGAAUCUUGUAGUGCAGAAUCUCUGGGUCAUAGAAAACCUAACCAUUAAACUAAUUACUUUGCUGCUACAGAGUGAUUGUUAUCAGGAUGCUGACAAUGUAUCAAGAGAUCUUUUAGGGGGCAAGAAAUUUGAGGAAACUUUUAAAUUGGUGGAACUUCUUGUUCUUGAUUUCUGCUGCUUGCCCAUGGAAUUGGAAGUAUUAUCAACCCAAACCCUUAAAAAGUGGUAGCUGUAGUUCCUUCUGCUAACAGUGUUGGCUUGCCAAAGACAUGUGAUUUGUUCCUUGUGUUUGUCUUCAGAGAGAAAUUCUCUGAAGUGCAGUGAUAAUUUGUCUGUUUGACAGCAUGGAGGAACUGCAGUCAUCCUCCCUUCUUGAUCAAUGUGGAGACUGCGCUUUCUUUGUGUUUGUUUCCAUGCAGCUCUGGGUGUUUGCUUCUGACAGAGAACUCUCUACAAGUGAGAUGUGAGGUGUGUAUGUCUGAGCUGCCUUCUCUUCUCCUCAGGGGAAGGUGUUUGCUGUUACUAAACAAGGUCCCCCUUGGUUCAUAUGGAACCACCUCCUCCUUAUGGAAACUUAUUUAGUCAAACGUUGGUGUGACGGCAUGGAACCACUGCGAUUAGAUGGGGCAGGGAUGGGAUCUGGGACUGCUUUGGGGAAAGGCUUUCUGUGCUUUCUGCAUUUGUAUACCAGUCUACAAAACAACUGUGGAACCCAUAAAUAGAUGUUGAGGUAACAAAAGCAGCACUCACACUGCUGAAUUCUAACACAGAUAUUUGUAUUGUUGCACUGACUAAUUUCUGUUUGGAUGUUGCACCGAUGGCGUAGUUACUAUGGCUGCAUGAACUGUCCCAUUGAGCACUCCACCAGUGAACACUUGCUAAGAGGUUGCUUUCCCUGUCUGCCUUGUUUUCACCACAGCCAUCUACUGUUUACAUACAUUUUAGCCUCUGUGCCAUUUUUUGAAGGCUUUAUUUGUCUCAUUUACGUUUUUGGUUCGGGUAAUACUUAAAUAUGAAAUCCAUCUGUGAAGCAUAUUGUAUACUCACGUUGAGGGGUAAAACCGGUUUUUUAAUUAAAAUUUUAUACAGCG